ACAACCUAGUUCCGCGUUGUUAGCAUAUUAGCAGCAAAGCUAACCUGAGAGUAACUUCAGCUAUUUAUCCCGACCUUGACUGCUGAAUUCAACCCUAAACAAAGACGACAAAAAGGAGAAACGCAUCCAAGGUGUUUGGGCUGAACGUGGUGCCAGUUCUGGUCCAGGGUCGUUGAACGGUUAAUGCACAGAGUAAAGAGGCUGAAAGUUGAAGACAAAACAGAAGACGGCCAGGACAGCGUCAGAGAGACACUGGCAGGCAUGAUGGGUGUGGACGAACUUUCAGACAGCACCGAGGUGGUGGAGAUGGAGGAUGUGAAUCCUUCCCACUUCCAGGUGGAGAAGCACACGUGGGACGGCCUACGGAAAAUCAUUCACAACAGCCGCAAGAACACAGGCGUGAUCAUCAGCAAGGCGCCACAUGACUUCCAUUUCGUCCCGAAGGAUGAGACUAGCCCUCAUUCUCAUCGCAUCUUCUACCUUGGAAUGCCUUAUGCCAGCAGGGAAAACACUUUACUCUACUCCGACAUUCCCAAGAAGGUCCGCAAAGAUGCUCUACUGGUUUUGUCAUGGAAACAGAUGCUGGAUCAUUUUCAGGCCAGCCCUCACCAUGGGGGCUUCUCCAGAGAGGAGGAGCUGCUGCGAGAGAGGAAGCGUUUGGGGGUGUCUGGCAUCACUUCAUAUGACUACCACCAUCCCAGCGGCCUUUUCCUGUUCCAAGCCAACAGCAGUCUGUACUACUGCCGCGACGGUGGAAACAACACCUUUACUACGUCUCCUAUGAACCCCAUAGAGAUAAAGAGCCAGAGUUCAGGCACACGCAUGGACCCCAAGAUCAGCCCCGGAGACCCCAACUUUAUCGGCUUUAUCAACAACAAUGACAUUUGGGUGACCAGCAUUGAGACGGGUGAAGAGAGGAGGCUCACCUUCUGCCAUAAAGGUAUUGAUAAUCCAAAAGAGGAUCCUAAAUCUGCUGGAAUAGCUACGUUUGUCUCUCAAGAAGAAUUUGAUCGCUUCACUGGAUACUGGUGGUCACCAGCGGCUCAAGAAGAUUCAGACGGCGGUAAGACUCUGCAGAUUCUGUACGAGGAGGUGGAUGAGUCCGAGGUUGAGAUCAUCCAUGUCCCAUCUCCAGCUCUGGAGGAACGUAAAACAGACAUCUAUCGAUACCCACGUGCAGGCAGCAAGAAUCCUGAUAUCACUCUCAAAAUAGCAGAAAUCAAGACAGACAGUCUCGGCAAAAUUGUCAGCACACAGGAAAAGGAGCUGCCGGUUCCCUUCACCAGCCUGUUCCCCAGUGCUGAAUACAUCACCAGAGCCGGAUGGACAAAGGACGGCAAAUAUGCGUGGGCAGUCAUGAUGGACCGACGGCAGCACCAUCUCCAGCUGGUCCUGCUUCCUCCGGCACUCUUCAUUCCUGCUAAUCAGGAUGAGGCCAGCAGGCAGGCGAGCCUGGAGGCCCUCGGUGAUACAAUCCAGCCCUUCAUUAUCUACCAAGAGGCCAGUGACAUCUGGAUCAAUGUUCAUGAUAUCUUCCAUCCAUUCAUCCAAACCAGUGAUGACGAGAUCACCUUCAUCACAGUAAAUGAAUCCAAAACAGGCUUCUGCCACCUGUAUAGGAUCACAUCAGUGUUACAGCGAGGCAGCUACAGCUGGGCCGGAGGCUACAAGCACUCUGAAGAUGAUUUUAAGUGUCCAGUGAAAGAGGAGGUGACGAUAACCAGUGGGGAUUGGGAGGUGUUGGCCAAUCACGGAGCAAAGCGUUCGUCCAGUCCUCAGAUUUGGGUGGAUGAGAAAGCGAAGCAGGUUUACUUCCAGGGAACGAAGGAUUCUCCUCUGGAGCAUCACCUGUAUGUGGUGAGCUACGAGUCGCCGGGUGAAAUCGUCCGACUCACCAAACCUGGUUUCUCCCACAGCUGCUCCGUGAGCCAGACCUUUGACAUGUUCAUCAGCCAUUACAGCAGUUUGACCACCCCACCCUGCGUGCACAUCUACAAGCUGAUGGGCUCAGAGAGCGACCCGCUACACAAAGAGCCUCAGUUCUGGGCAAGCAUGAUGGAAUCUUCUGGUUUUCCAUUCGACUACACUCCUCCAGAGAUCUUUAGCUUCACAGGGAAGUCAGGCUUCGAGCUGUAUGGCAUGUUGUACAAACCACACGACCUCGUUCCCGGCAGGAAGCAUCCCACCGUCGUCUUUGUUUACGGCGGUCCUCAGGUCCAGUUAGUGAAUAACUCGUAUAAAGGUGUGAAGUACCUGCGGCUGAGCACACUGGCGUCUCUGGGCUACGCUGUGAUGGUCAUUGAUGGGCGAGGCUCCUGUCAGCGGGGACUCAAGUUUGAAGGAGCUGUGAAGGACAAAAUGGGUCAGGUGGAGAUUGACGACCAGGUGGAGGGUUUGCACUAUGUAGCAGAAAAGUACAAGUUUGUGGACCUGAACCGCGUUGCCAUCCAUGGCUGGUCAUACGGCGGCUUCCUCUCCCUCAUGGGUCUCAUCCACAAACCCGACAUCUUCAAGGUUGCCAUUGCAGGAGCUCCGGUGACGUUGUGGAUGGCAUAUGACACCGGCUACACAGAGCGGUAUCUGGACACGCCCGAAAACAACCAGAAGGGCUACGAGGCGUGCUCUGUCGCGCUGCAUGUUGACAAACUCCCCAAUGAACCCAACAGACUGCUGAUUCUGCACGGAUUUCUAGAUGAGAAUGUGCACUUUUUCCACACUAACUUCCUGGUGUCUCAACUCAUCCGGGCGGGGAAGCCGUACAGCCUGCAGGUUUAUCCCAACGAGCGACACAGCAUCAGAUGUCCGGAGUCUGGAGAGCAUUAUGAGAUCACGCUGCUGCACUUCCUCCAGCAGAACCUCUGAUAAGCCUUUCUACACACUGAUCUUCACCUCCUCCCCACCUCCUUGUCUUCUACCUCCCGUUCCUCCUUUUCUCCAAACAUUCAUCACAUCACUCGAUUUUACAGUCUGCUGAAAGCAAGCUACGCCAAAACCUCGAGAGUCGUCGCUCGUCAGUCUUAAAGGUGCGGCUGUAUUGUAAGCAUCAAUAAAUCCACCUAAACCUUCAGAUGUUUUCUUAAUUACCAAAAAACAAGAUCACCAAGCAGACUGUCACUGCAUUUUACAGCUGAGGGAAAUCAGCUGGUUUCCUUUCAGCCCCAAAACAAGCAGAGGGCGCUGUUUGCCCAGGACAAACAGGGCUGAGGCUUACAGACUUACUUGUCAUGAUGGUGGAUGUUGGAAAAGUAAAAAUUAUGUUAACGGAUGUUAAGAAUGUUGCAGCUUGCACCUGAACAGCGAUGCAAAAAGUACUGAAAUGGAGCCGUCGUGUCCGGGUUUUGGAAGCGACUUUGAGCGAUUUCUUGUAUACUUUUUUGUGCCAUUCCUUUUUUUAUUAUCAUUAUUAUUAUUAUUAUUGAACUGUCACUUGGUUUUUUUGGGACCUAAAGUUUCAUACCUGCACCUAAGUUUUCAUUCCCUGUCUCCAUGAAUAAACACUGGAGUGAAGUAAGUGAACGUAAAGCUCUGUAAAAGCAUCCAAACAAGCUCUUAAUUCUCUUUCUUGUAUAAUUGUCUGUUUCCGCUUUGCAACUGUGCUGAAGUGCUAUCAUAGAACACUUUUUAUGUGGUGUGCCACACUUCUGAUGGCUCAUCAACAAGAAAAAAUAUUUCAUGCCACAUUUUUAUUGUGAAUUAUAAAAAAAUAUAUUUUUAUGCAUUCAUAAAAAGUGGAAAAAAUGUAGCGCCCUGUCAUUGUCUCACUCAGUCGCUUGCUUUAAUUUUCCUGACAGCUUCUUUUUCUUCUGCUGCUGAAGACUGACGUCUCAAGCUCGGAUGACUUUUGCACAGUACAUAUUUGCCUUGGUGCCAGCAAAAUGACCUAUAAAAUGAUAUAUGACACAAGUGUUGGCAGAGUAAGGUGCCUUGCAAGAGUCGCAAGUGUGGCUGCUGUUGUGCUAUAUAUCAGGGAAUCUGAGGACCUAUGACAAUAAAAGGCCUUGUUACUCAAAUGUACCUUCAGUUAUCAACGAAAUAAACAGAAGUGGACAAACUUUUUCAAAGUCUUGUAACCAAAUGUUUAUUAUUUUUAAAAAGUGUUUCAAUGACUAUUGUGUG